AUGAUGCUUUCCCACACCGGAUGCACAAGUGGGACACCGACUCUGGUCGACUACACCAAAGCGAUUCGUGCUUGCCGUGGGCGGUGGGAAAAUGCUGUCGCUCUUCUGGACGAAGCCCGCGCGAGCCGAUUGCAAACAGACAGCAUCGCAUGGGGUGCUACGAUCGACGCGUGCGAGAAGGCUGCGCGCUGGGAGUGGGCACUUUCCCUUUUAGAACAGCAGAUCGCGGAUGGCAUUGAACUCGAUUUGAUUUCAUUCAACUCUGCCGUGAGUGCGUGUGCGAAGGCGGGCAAGGAGAGGUGGUCGUGGCGACUCCUUGGAAGGAUGCAAGGCGACGUUUUGCAGCCGGAUGUAGUCAGCUACACUGCGGUGAUCAGUGCCUGUCAGAAGAGCUCGAACUGGCAGCAGGCCCUGAAGCUCUUUGCUGACAUCUUGCAGGAACCGUUUGCCCUCGGUGUGGUUACAGUCAAUGCUGCCAUCAGCGCCUUGGCCAAUGCACGUAGGUGGCAGCGUGCUCAUCUCCUUCUGGCAGACAUCGGGAAGAUGAGCCUGCAGGCCACAGAGAUCUCCACUGGAGCAGCCAUUCGUUCUUGCGAGAGAACGCAUGUCUGGCCACAAGCUCUAUCUCUGCUGCAUGCUGCGGAACAUCAGCGCCUCGCUGUGAAUGAAGUUGUGAUCGGUGUGGCUGCUAAGGUGUGUGAGAAGUCAGCAAUGUGGCAGCAAGCCUUGCUCCUGCUAAGUGGCAUACGAUCGAAGCAGCUGCGGCCGGACACUAUGCUGUACGGAUCCUUGAUAGGUGCUUGUGGGAAAUCGGCUCAAUGGCAACGGGCACUGUGCUUGUUGAGAGAGGCCGAGCUGGAGCUAUUGCAGCUGAACCUUUUCAUGUACAGCACGGCCAUAAGUGCUUGCGAGCAAGGUGCCGAAUGGCAGCAGGCAUUGUGUCUCCUAGAUACACUUGAGGCCAAGCACACGGGGACCGACACAAUUGCCAUGAAUGCCGCGAUCAGCGCCUGUGCCCGCAAUGGGGAAUGGUGCGCAGCCGUGGAGCUCUUGGCAAGUAUGGAGAGGCAGAAGUUGAUGCCGGAUGAUGUCACAUAUGCCUGUGCAAUACGAGCUUGCGAGGCUGCAGCGAAUUGGGGAGCUGCAGUUAGUCUUCUGGAAGAGUCUCAGCUGAGACAGCUGCCUCCCAACAUUCUGGCCAUCAAUUCUGCUGUCGCAGCCUGCGAGCAGGCAGGAGAGUGGCUCCAUGCUGUGAGUCUUUGUCAAAGAAGUCGAAACAGACGCAUUCAGCUGAACCUGGUAUCCUGCACACUUGCGAUAAAAGCUUGCCAUGCAGCUGCAGUGUGGCAACAGGCCCUUUAUUUCCUGCGAACUUUGCAUGACACCGGGUUGCAAGCAAACAGGGACAGCUACAACUGCUGCAUUAACGCCUGCGAAAUGGCCUCCCAAGUACGGCAAGCACAGCGAAUUCGGGAUGCUAUGGCAGCCGAGGGCUUCUGA